AUGCAAUGCACAUUGCCAUAUUUGGGGCUUUCAACUGGGCUGGUUAGCGGGCUCACAGUAAUGAAACUGCAAUUUGCGAACACGACGCAGAAAUCGAACAAAGGCUGUUAUCACUUAGGCUCAACUCACUCAUCCUUUCCCCUCCCAAGCAAUCCACGUCCUCCUCCACGCCUUCGCAUUCCCACUGCCACUGCAUCAACAUUAAGCUUCCUCCUCCACUCUUCCGCGUGCUCAAUCUCCGUCCGUUUAGCUGCUCAUUCCAGUGUUGUCUUUUUCUUUGUUCGUCUUUCCGUGAUUGCUCUGCGAUUAGGAACCUUGGUUCUUAGUGCUGCUGCGUCUUCCGCUACAAUUUUCAAUCCCUAA